UCUCGAUUUUACCACAAUCACCAACCAUACCGCACAUGGUUAUCAGUAACAACAUCCAAUAACCCCAAUCAACAAUCUCCUCUUCCAACCCCAUAACUCACACCAUGGACAACCCGACACAACCCCCGGACCUCAAUGGAGGAGCACCAAUCGACAUCCACAAGCCCUUCACCUCAGGCGAGCGCAUCCAACAGCUCGGCGAAAUCGACCAGGACAUCGCCUCCCUCCUCGUCCACCUCUCCUCCGCCAUGCGCGCCCUCGCCACACCCCCCGGCACCACCGUACCCCAGAACACCACAACCACAAACGGCCACAGCCCAAGCGACAACAACAACAACCCCUCCAUCCCCAACUCGGAGGAAGAAGAAGCCGCCGCCGCCGCCGACCCCAUAACCGCCUUCAACACGGCGCAAUCCUCCUUCUUCAACACGGUCGACCGCAUCGACAAGCACCUGACCCGGCAGAUCCUCGCGCUCGAAGAGGCCGGCAUCAUCACGCUGCGCAACAGCGGGGCCGCCGCCGAGAACCAGCCAGGCGCCGAGGCGGGCUCGGGCCAACAACCACAGCAACAACAACAACAACAACAACAACAGGCAGGCGGGGGCGAGUCGGGGGGCAGCGGCGGCAGGGCGCGGGCUGCGGGGCCGGCGCGGCUGGAGCCGGAUGGCAUGGGCCGGUACGGCUCGCUGGAUGUGGGCAAGUUGAAUAUGGCGAGUAGUACGGUGGAGAGGGAUAUGGAGCGCGAGUUGUGGCGGCGGGCGAGGGAGGAGCUCGGUAAGGUUGUUGGGGAGGGGCUGGAGGAGGGUGGGGAUGGUGAUCGGAUGCAGGAGUAG